AUGUCAACGUUCCUCGGAGUCCAGGCAGCGCGGAGACGUGUCGAGCAUUUUGGCGUGACGUGCGAUGGCUGCAGGCAACGUAUCCACGGCGUCCGCCAUAAAUACCUCCAUUGUACCGACUUCGACUUUUGCGACAAGUGUCUCUCUAAUUCAGUGGUACGUGAGCAGCACGGCUUCCACCACCAGUUUUACCCCGUCGACUCACCCGGCGAUUUCGCCGAAUAUGAUCGCGUGCGCUCGACCUUGUCCCGCACACCUGCCGCCAACGUGCACCGGACAUUCUGCGACGCUUGCGUCGCGAACCCUGCUGUGCUUAUCCUUGUCCUUGACAUCUCGCCUGUGCUUCAGUCGCCGGACCCAACAGCGACUGCCAUCUCAAUCGCCGCUCCCUGUCUUACUCUAACGCUCGUGCACAUGGCGACAUGUGAGAUUUCGCCGACCGUCGUAGCCGCGCGCGUUUACGUGCACAUGUCCAAUUCAUAAAAGGAGGCGUUAGUGAUUCGCUACCUUUCCAUGCACAGCUACCUGCCCGAGAGAUCCUUCAGAUGCCCCUAAAGUCUUGUUGGUCACUGCGUAUCAUGAUAGCGAUGGGCGGAAAGAGUCUGGGCAGCAGCGCUGUGGCGGCUGUCCAUCUCGCAGCAUCUCUCGA